CUGUACCUUGCCAUCGCCCUCAUCGCCGUCGUCGUCGUCACCGGUUGCUUCGGCUACUACCAGGAGUUCAAGAGCACCAACAUCAUCGCCAGCUUCAAGAACCUCGUUCCUCAGCAAGCCACCGUGAUCCGAGAAGGGGACAAGCUGCAGAUCAACGCCAACGAGUUGGUGGUCGGUGACCUGGUGGAGAUCAAAGGAGGGGACCGAGUUCCUGCAGAUAUCCGCAUCAUCUCAGCUCAAGGUUGCAAGGUGGACAACUCAUCAUUGACGGGGGAGUCGGAGCCUCAGACGCGGUCACCCGAGUGCACCCAUGACUCACCCUUGGAGACCCGCAACAUUGCCUUCUUCUCCACCAUGUGCCUAGAAGGGACGGCCAUGGGGUUGGUGAUCAACACGGGUGACCGGACCAUCAUCGGGCGUAUCGCCAGCUUAGCCUCUGGGGUGGAGAACGAGAAGACGCCCAUCGCCAUCGAGAUCGAGCACUUCGUUGACAUCAUCGCCGGCCUCGCCAUCUUCUUCGGCGCCACUUUCUUUGUGGUGGCCAUGGUCAUCGGCUACCCCUUCCUCCGCGCCAUGGUCUUCUUCAUGGCCAUCGUCGUGGCCUACGUCCCUGAGGGGCUGCUGGCCACCGUCACGGUUUGCCUCUCGUUGACGGCGAAGAGGUUGGCGCGGAAGAACUGCGUGGUGAAGAACCUGGAAGCGGUAGAGACAUUGGGUUCCACCUCGGUCAUCUGCUCCGACAAGACGGGGACCCUGACCCAGAACCGAAUGACGGUGGCGCAUCUCUGGUUCGACAACCAGAUCCAUACAGCCGACACUACCGAGGACCAAUCGGGUCAGAGCUUCGACCAAUCGUCGGAGACGUGGACCAUGCUGAGCCGCGUCAUCACCCUCUGCAAUAGGGCUCAGUUCAAGCCGGGACAAGACAACGUCCCCGUGGCCAAG